GCGCAGCACAGCCCAGUCUGUGCAGUGUGGGGAACGGGAAGGCUACGUCGCUCUGGCUCGCUGGCAUGGUUCGGCACACACUGUAACUCCCACGCUACUAACCAUGGCGUGGACGGUCACCGGGCAAGCAACACGCAUCACCGUCACUCUACUCUUGGUUGUUUUUGGGGCGACUCCCAACGUUCUGGCUAAGAAGUGUCUCAACUGCCACACAUGCAUCUGUGAAGGUCAGAAAGGAGUCACUGGGGCGCCAGGACUCACUGGACUCCAAGGUUCCACUGGCAUCCCAGGAGACCAGGGGCCUGAGGGACCAUCAGGUCCUUCUGGCGUGCGCGGUGACUUUGGUGAUCAUGGAGCGAUAGGAGAGAAGGGCAGCCGAGGGGCCAUGGGCAUGCCAGGCUUUCCAGGAACAGCAGGCAUUCCUGGCCUGCCUGGACUUGAUGGGCCAGCAGGGGAGGAUGGCCCACCGGGAUGCAAUGGUACAGAUGGGGCACCUGGCCCUGAUGGACCACCUGGAAACCCAGGGCGGCCUGGGCCCCCAGGCCCUCCUGGACUGAGAGGACCUGUGGGAGAUCCUGGAGCUGGUGGCUCUAACUCUCCAGGCAUUAAGGGAGACCAGGGAGACUUUGGCCUUGUAGGUGUGAGAGGUUUCCGAGGCCCACCAGGACCCAGGGGACUAAGAGGAGACUAUGGCAUUCCUGGCCUUAAGGGUGUUCGUGGAGAAUUGGGAGAUAAAGGUCCUAAAGGAGAACAAGGCCAAAUUGAUAUUCCCAGCGAUGCUUAUGAACAGGGACAGGAACGAUUCCCUUGGAUUGGUGAUCCUGGUGAACGAGGCGAAAAGGGAGAUCCUUCAAAAUUUGACACUUUUGGCCUUGUUGAUGGGUUAGUUUGGACAACUUGACAUGGUAAUGACUUUGACCCAGUUGAUCGAUCAGUACAGUAAAGUCCCAGGUUACAUCGCUCUCGAGUUACGUCAAAUUCGUAGUUAUGUCAGUCCACUAUAA